AUGACGACAGUUGAAAUGUUAGUUCAUAUGGACUGUCCCGGAUGUGUCAGCAAGAUUCGGAAAGCCCUCCGACACCUUAAAGGAAUAGACAAUAUAGAUAUUGAUGUGGCCAUGCAAAAGGUGACGGUGACAGGAUCAGCGGACCAAAUGAAAGUCCUCAAAACCGUUAGGAAAACUGGACGACGGGCUGAACUUUGGCAACUCCCUUAUGAUCCUGUGAUUAAAAAUCACAAUACUAAUACUGCAGUUGUCCCUCCUAAUGCAAACAAUUAUGGUGCCGGCGGUCCGGCCGCCGGAUAUAUGCCGGCCCUCAUCUCGCAGCCACCGGCGGCGUCUUCAUAUAAUUACUACAAGCAUGGUUAUGACUAUGGACAAGAUCAUCAACAGGCUUAUUUUCAUGGUUAUGGGCCGUACGGUGGCCAUCAUCAAUAUGGGCAAUCAAGGAUUUUUGGAAGUUGGGCUGGUGAUGCAUUUAGUGAGGAAUCUGUUCAUGGUUGUUCCGUUAUGUAA